UGGAUCGAGUCCAUUGAUCUGUCUCUCUAAAUAUUGUGUUAUUUUCAACGUAAUCACAACACAUCGACGUGUUUGUAUCAGUAAGUGUUUCACGGCUCACCGGAAGAUAUUUCAGCAGCUCUCGUUGAAUAAAACAAACGAUGGGAGGGAACUUUACAUCCGCGCGCUCUCUGUUGUCCGGGGGAGUGUUUUUGUUGUGACGCAGGGGUGGAAGGUGAAGGGGAACAUGGCAGCUGGUAUCAGUGCUAAACGUGGGUUGUUACGCAGUGAACCGUCGCUGUAUCGCGCUCUCCGCAGACACGUCCCCCCCAGCAGGGCUCGUACCCGGGGAGCAGCGAGCAGCGCGGCCGCGGACUCACAGGCGUACUGCCUGCAGCUGGUCAGGUCCAGAGACUAUGAAGGCUACGUGUCCUCCCUGCUCCUCCCGGAGGAGGCGCGGCGCUCCUCUUUGGCCCUGAGAGCCUUCAAUGUGGAGCUGGCACAGGCAGGUGAAGGACUCCGUCUCCCAGAAGACCAUCGGUUUGAUGCGAAUGCAGUUCUGGAAGACGGCCGUGGAAGAAAUCUACAGAGACGAGCCUCCGAAGCAGCCGGUCAGCGGCGAGCUGUGGCGGGUAAACGGAGAGCGGAACCUUGUGUCCGGUGUCUGGAGGGACAGAUUAACAGUGUGCACCAUGUUCUGCAGGCGGUGAGGAAGCAUGAGCUGACAAAAAGAUGGCUGCUGAGGAUCAUAACGGAGAGGGAGAAGGAUCUGGAUGACCGAGCCUACAGGAACCUGCAGGAGCUGGAGACGUACUCGGAGAACACGCAGUCCUCGCUCAUCUACCUGCUGCUGGAGUCUUUGGGGUUGAAGAACGUCCACGCCGACCACGCGGCGAGUCACAUCGGUAAAGCUCAGGGCAUCGUGACGUGUCUGAGGGCGACGCCGUACCACAGCAGCCGGAGGAGGGUCUACCUCCCCAUGGACGUCUGCAUGCUGCACGGAGCUUCUCAGGAGGACUUCAUCCGAGGCGGCCGGGAGCAGAAGGUCCGUGACGUGGUGUACGACGUCGCCAGUCAGGCUCACGUGCAUCUAGAACACGCCAGAUCAUUUAGCAACAACGUCCCACCAGCUGCGACUCUGGCCUUCCUCCAGACGGUGGCGUUGGAGGACUACCUGCAGCGAGUGAGGAGGGCCGACUUUGACGUUUUCCACCCGAGUCUGAAGAACAGAAACCCCCUCGUACCCUUCCAGAUGUACCUCCGCUCCUGGAGGAAGACCUACUGAGAUCGGACCCCCUCCUCCUCUUCCUCCUCCUCCUCCAGCUGAUCUUCUGGACAUUAGAGACGUUGUGAAGCCUCCAGGAGGUCCAGGGAGCGAUGUGGACUUGUUUUGAACUCUUUAAUAAAAAAACACGAACCCUCCGGCUCUGA